UCCGCUCUGUACCAUUGACAAUAAUAUCAGUUAUAAACAAAGUGGGAGUGCAUCAGGCUGCUGUUUUUUGGAGUGGCUAGAUGUUCGUCAGUCGGUGCGAUUGGUGCGGUUAAAAUGUCGUCUCUAUUUCUUUACGCGGUCGUAACCCUCGCCGCAAUUUGGUUGAUAGACAAAUGGAGAAAGCGACUGGCCUUCUACGAGAAAUUGAGAUGGGUGAACAAAGUGCCCGGCCUGCCGCUCAUAGGCAACGCUCUGGAGUUUAAAGAUCCCACAAAAUCGCUGACACGAAUGCAAGAAGUUCUUCUGGAAAAUGAUGGUCUUUGUUACGUCGAGCUCUUGUAUAGACCGAUGAUACUGAUAUCGAAUUACAAUUUCGUGGAAUGGCUCCUCUCAUCCAACACUCUCAUAGAGAAAAGUCUGGACUACAAAUUUUUGCAUAACUGGCUGGAAGAUGGCAUUUUAAUAUCUACUGGUGCAACAUGGAAGAACGGUCGCAAGAUAUUAUCACCAGCUUUCCAUUUUUCGGUGUUGGAAGAAAUUGUGACAAAGUUUGACAAGCCAACGUUAAUUCUGAUCGAAUUAUUAGAAAAAGAAGUAGGCAAGGAUAGUGUCAAUAUAUACUCAUAUAUUAAAAAUUAUGCUUUGGAUGUUAUUUGCGAAUCAUCUAUGGGCAUUGAAGUAGAAGCUCAAAAAAAUUCCCAAUCGACCUACGUCAAAUCUGUCGACUCUAUGUGCAAUAUCGUGGUGGACCGGGCCUUCAAUCCGUUAAAAACCAAAGACUGGCUCUAUAUGCUUACACCAAGUUAUUACAAAGAAAAGGCUUACGUGCGAUAUUUGCAUUCGAUGUCCGAUAAGGUCAUCAAAAGCAAGAAAAGUAGUCGACAGAAUGGAAUCAAAGAGGAUAAGGAUGAUGAUACAGGACGGAAAAAGAAAAACGCAUUUUUGGAUCUUCUUUUGACGUACAAAGACCAGAAUGGGGAGCCUCUCUCAGAGAAGUUCAUUCGGGAACAAGUUGAUACCAUUAUGUUUGCUGGUCACGAUACAACUUCAAUGGGACUGUGUUUUGCAAUACACUGCUUAUCGAAGAAUCGAGAAGAACAGGAGAAGGCAUUCAAAGAGAUAAAAGAAAUAUCCGAAGGCAAAGAUAAAUUUACAUACGCAGAUUUACAAGAAAUGAGGUAUCUUGAGCUGAUAAUCAAAGAAACUUUAAGGUUAUAUCCCACGGUACCAUUUUACUCUAGAAAUACUUCACAAGAUUUUAUAUUUCAAGAAAACAAAGUAAUUCCCAAGGACGUAACGCUCUUGACCUGUGCCUACGCAAUUAACAGAGAUCCGAAGGUAUUUAAGGAACCUGAGAAAUUUAUUCCAACCAGAUUUUUGGAUACCGAUGUAAAACCAUUUUCGUACUUACCCUUUAGCGCUGGACCAAGAAAUUGUAUUGGUCAGAAAUUCGCUAUGCUCGAGAUGAAAGCUACGCUGGCCAAAUUAUUGCUGAAUUUUGAAAUUCUUCCCUCAAUUCCAGAACAUAAUGUCAUUCUAUCAGCUGAAGCUGUUCUGAAAUCGAAAAAUGGAUUUUGUGUAAGACUGAAGAAACGUAUAAUAUAGUAUUUUGUAUAGUGAUAAUUUAUUUAUAUAUUAUUAUUGUUAUAUUAACUAAUGUUGUAAAACAGGUUAUAAAUACCCUUAAUUACCUGUUAAGUGGUGGAAUUGUGUUAUUGUUUUAAUUAUAUAUUAUGGUACUAUUCAUCUACUUAAAACCCAAAAUAAUUUAGUGUAAUUAUAAGCAAUGCAUUUAAUGAGUACCUAUUUACAAGAUAUACGGGAAAGUCUAUUUUUAUACAAUAUACGAAACAUAAUUACAUA